AUGGAGGACUGUAAAGCAAUCAACACACCGGUGGAAUGCAGGAUUAAGCUAUCCAAGAACGAUGGAGGAGAAAAAGUUUACCUGAAGCUAUACAAGAGCUUGUUUGGAAGCUUGCGAUACUUAACUUGCACAAGGCCAGACAUAGUUUAUGCCACAUGGCUCGUAAGUCACUAUAUGGAGGUUCCAACCAUUAUGCAUAUAAAGGCAACAAAGAGAAUUCUUCGAUGUCUCAAAGGUACGAUCAACUAUGGCCUGCUCUAUUCAAGUCUUGAUCAAUAUAAGCUUGUCGGAUACAGUGAUAGCGAUUGGGCUGGAGAUAAUGAUGACCACAAGAGUACAAGUGGAUUCGUGUUCUUCAUGGUAGAUACGUUCAUCUGGAUGUCAAAAAAACAACCAAUAAUCACGUUGUCAACAUGUGAAGCUGAAUAUGUGGCUGCCACAUCUAGUGUUUGCAUGCAAUUUGGCUAA